GCCAUUUUCCUCGCCGCCUCGCCUCGGUUUUUGUGGAAGUCGAGCGGGAGCCGCCGGUUGUUUCCCCUCCUCGCCCUGUCCCCCCCCUCGCCAGUCCGUGUCUCUCUCCCCUCUCCUCCUGCUUCACCCGUUCUCCGUUGUCCGGCCCCGCCCCGAGCAGCGAAUAAAAGCGAGGAAGAUGGUGAAGAUAUUCGUGGGCAACUUGUCGAGGCCUACUUCCGUGGAGGAGAUCCGAUCCCUGUUCGAGAAGUACGGGCCGGUCAGCGAGUGCGACCUGAUCAAGAAUUAUGGCUUUGUGCACAUGAAGGACAGGGAGGCAGCAAAGGAGGCAAUUGAGAACCUGCAUCACUAUAAGCUGCAUGGCGUCUGCAUCAAUGUCGAGGCCAGCAAGGGUGGGUCCAAGUCAUCCACCAAACUUCACGUAGGUAACUUAAGCAGUGGUUGCACCAGCCAGGAACUGCAGGCCAAAUUCGAGGAGUACGGGACGGUCCUGGAGUGCGAUAUCGUUAAGGACUACGCCUUUGUGCAUUUGGAGAGGAGUGAGGAUGCCAUGGAAGCCAUCAGGGGACUCGAUGGCACAGAAUUCAAAGGCAAACGGCUGCAAGUUGAACUGUCCAAGAGUCGGCUGCGGAUGCAACCUGGGAUGGGCGAAAAAAACGGCUGUUUCCGGUGUGGUAAAGAAGGCCACUGGUCUAAAGAGUGUCCCAAAGAUCAAGGCGGUCUCGAAAGCAGUUUUGAUGGCAACUUCUCACGCGAUUACCUAGAUCCCUUUUCGAUGACCGCGCGCCCCAUAGCUGGGUAUGGAGACCGCCCUCUAUACGAUGAGCGAUACGGGGCCGCCGACUACUACGACAAGUAUCGGGCAGGAGCGUACGGAGCGGUCGGCGAUUCUUAUGAGAGAACGGCGCAAUAUACGGCAAUUGGCACUUCCCUGCGAGAUCGUAUCUCCGGUGCGGGAAGCCUAUACGAGCGGCGGCCAUUGUCGACUCCCACUACCUAUUACGGUCGCGACAGGAGCCCUAUACGACGGCAAGCGUCCAUGUCUGCUGUGGGCAGUGGAUAUGGGUUUGAGCGCGGUGGGCUUUCUCCAUCUGCGUAUGACCAUACGAGCACUGCCGCGAGGGAUGCGUACUCUGCAGCCCGGUACUCUGCAGCCCAGUACCCUCCAGCCCAGUACCCUGCAGCCCAUUACUCUGCUGCACAGUACUCUGCUGCGCAGUAUUCUGCUGCUCAAUACUCGGCUGCCCAGUACUCGGCUGCUCAGUACUCUGCCGCGCAGUCCUCUGCUGCUGCCGCCGCCCAGUACCCUAAUGCCCAGUACCCCACAUACUAACUUCAGGUUUGCUUUGCAUCGUGACGAGAGCCGCGGUCCCGCAGAAACUCGGGUCAUAUAUUUUGCUUGUUGGUAUUAGUGUGGAAAAAUGUUAGUGCGACACUAAAUCUUAAAAUAUCGGUGUUAAUUAGCUGCUGACUCAACUGCUCGACAAAUUGUGGCCAAGUUAUUUUUUGAAAUAUUUUUAGUUUUAAUUUUUCUCUCUGGGUUUCUUUUUGCGUUCAGCGGAAAUUACUCUCGUAAUUGUCAAGAAUUUAAAUCUGAAGCAUUUGGAUUUCCUGUAACACGAUUUACAAUAAACAAUCAGUAUUCAGCCUGA